UCGUACGACAAAGAUAUUGGCAAUUUAUCCACAUCGGCGACGACACAAUCAACGGCAAAUCAAAGUUCCAGGCGGGUCCUGCAACAUCAAGUCUCGAUCACAGAUUCAUCGGAAGGCACGUCGAUAGGUUGUGCAACGUCAAGUGAAUAUACAAGUGCAAGAUCUCUCAAACAUAGUUCCACCUCAUUGGCCCCCCUACAAUCGGUGCCAUCAUCCGCCAGCCUGCGCAGCAUCAGCCCUUCACGCCGUAGUGCCAGUAGCAACAGCAGCAGCACGGCCAAACAUGAGCAAUCACCGGCGGCGCCGCCGGCCGGUACUGUGGCGGCUAGCAGCAGCAGCUCUGCAGCGGCGCAAAAUAUUACACCACCGGAAAAGGAGAAGAAACGCAAAGAGGUAUCCAGUUCAAGGGUAAAAAAGUUCCAAAGGCAUUUCUCGCAGGUGUCGCAAGAUGAGAAAUUGAUUAACUAUUUUUCCUGUGCUUUAGUCAGUGAUAUUUUGCUGCAAGGACAUCUUUAUAUAACAGAUCAACAUUUUGCAUUUUAUUCAAAUGUUUUUGGUUAUGUUACUAAGGUUGUUAUACCCACAUCCUCGGUUACGAAAAUCUCCAAAGAGAAAACGGCAAAAAUCAUACCCAACGCCGUCGGUGUGGCCACCGCCGAUGAACGUCACGUUUUCGGCAGCUUCAUUAGCCGCGAAGCCGCAUUCCGCUUGAUGUGCAGCGUUUGCCCACCGCUGGGCGGCACCGUUGAAAUCCUACCCAAAGAUCCUGCAAGCAUUGAAAUUUCCGAAGAAUACUCAGUCGAGGAUGAUAGCAGCUGUUCGAUCAGCGGCAAUGAAAGUCCCGCUCAGGCAACCGAUAAUGCCAAUUCCACACAUGAAACCAACGCGAAUGAACCUAGUCAAAUGAUAUUACGACGCACAGUGGGUGCAUCGACGCUUAGCAUUGCCGAUUGUCCACCGGGUGGUGACAAACAACGGCACUCUGACAUUCCGUUAAAUGCCAAAAAUUCCGCAACUUCCUUACACCAAAACCUCCGUUCCUCGGCUCCGGCUGGUUCACAGGCCUAUGCCAAUGGUGGUUCGGGUGGUAUUGGUCAUGUCAUUGCCUCCUCCAUAAGUGGGCCGGCCACAGCAAUUGGAUGUGCCGGCCUAGACAGUAGUAAUCUCACAUUUAUUGCUGGCAAUACCUCAACGACGACGUCGGCCACCAGUACACCAACGCCGUCAACAUCAUCGCCCACCACCGUUAUGGCAAUGCCGCAUACCAAGGCCUAUCAGGUCGUAAAUAAGUUUCGACAAUUGGGCCAGAAGCUCAUGGUCAAUGUGAAAUUUCCCACUGAGGUCCAUGUGGUCUAUUUGGGUGCCAUGCUCACCGUUUUAUUGGCUGUAUUUACGAUAUUCCUAUUGUAUCGGAUAUUAGAUAUUGAAGCGAAAACGAAUGUUUAUCGAUCUCCUAUAGAAUUUAAUUGGCGUUCCGGCAACGAUGAUGACAUAUUUGCCGAAGCUUUACGUUUCCAAAAACAAUUGCAAGUUAAAAGCACUGAAGAAGCUCAGAAUAUACUUAAAACGAAUUUAGAACAAAUCGCUAAGGUACGCCGCAGUUUAGAAACCUUAUCGAUGUUAAUCCAUGACCGUAGCUCAUCGUUUGGUUCCACAAAUACCGAUGAUAGUGACUGAAUUUAUUAAUUAAUAAUAUAUCAU